CAAGUGCCCCGCCAACUGUGCGAGCGGGUGAGAACUUCACACGUUGACGUUCUCUCCAUCUCUCCCAGCCCCUUCUUUCAACCACACUCUUUGUCCGCGGGAACGGGCUACGACGAUGGCUAGCGAAAAGGAAGCAACCCCCCUCGGCAGCCCGGCCGCCUCGGGCGCGCUGCGCGGCGCGUCGCUCCUGAUCCUGCUGCAGGUCGCCUCGCGCGCCAUCACCUUUGUCGCCAACCAGCUCCUGCUGCGCUUCCUGACGGCCCAGCUCCUGGGCGUGUCGACCCAGCUCGAGGUCUACUACCUCUCUGUCCUUUUCUUCGCGAGAGAGAGCCUCCGCGUGGCCAUACAGCGCCAGGGGGACGCGCAGGACCGUGCCGAUCACGCACACGAGGGCGAUGCCAAGACCGGCGCCGCCAAGGAUAAUGCGGCCACCGCUACCGCCGGCCCGGGCCCCAGGUCUCCGGCGGCGGCAGACACCGCGCGCGCCCGGACCACGCAGGCCGUGGUGAACCUGUCGUACAUCUCCAUCCUCCUCGGUCUCGUCUCGGCCGCCCUGCUGGGCGUCUUGUACUUGGGCUCGAUCGACGGCGACACCAUGGCGUCGACGCCGUUCCUGCUCCCGUCCUUCUCCAUCUACGCGAUCGCGGCCAUGGUGGAGCUGCUCUCGGAGCCGGCCUUCGUCGUGAUGCAGACUCGGCUGCAGUUCGGCGCCCGCGCCACCGCCGAGUCCACCGCGACCUUUGCGCGCUGCGUCGUCACGCUAGGCUCUGCCGUGGUCGCCUCCCGGCUUCGGGUAGAGGCCGGCGUUCUCCCUUUCGCGCUCGGCCAGCUCAGCUACGGCCUCGUGCUGCUGGCUGUCUACGGCUGGUACGGCGCCGUGCUCGCCGGCAAGGAGGGCUUCUCGCUGCUGCCAAAGAAACUGGCCGCCGCUUCCUCCUCGUCAUCCUCUUCGCCAUAUGCCAUGUCGUUCUUCUACCGGCCCACGCUGUACCUGGCACGGAGCAUGAUCGCGCAGAGUCUGUUCAAGCACCUCUUGACGCAGGGAGACACCCUCCUCGUCACUGCCCUCUCGACCCCCACGGCGCAGGGCGUCUACGCACUUGCAAACAACUACGGCGGCCUUGUGGCUCGUCUUGUCUUCCAGCCCAUCGAGGAGAGCAGCCGCUCGUACUUCAGCCGCCUCCUGUCACAACAGGGCCCUGGUGCUACCGACAAGACCACCGGCAACGAGGAGAAGGAGAAGGACAAAGCGGCCGCCCACAAGGCCAGCGCCGACCUCACCGUCCUCCUCAAGCUCUACUCAAUCUUCUCAGUCGUCGUCGUGGCCCUGGGCCCCACGGCGGCGCCCCUGCUCGUCGGCCUGGUGGCCGGCCCGCGGUGGGCCGCGUCAGGCGCCGGCGCCGUGCUAGCCGCCUACGCGCUCUACGUGCCGCUGUUAGCCGCCAACGGCGUCGCCGAGUCCUUCGUGGCCUCGGUGGCCACCGAGGCCGAGGUUCGCCUGCAGAGCGCCUGGAUGGGCGCCUUCUCGCUCGCCUUUGGCGCCGCCGGCUUCGUCUUCCUGCGCGUCCUCGCCUGGGGCGCCAAGGGCCUCGUCGUCGCAAACUCCAUCAACAUGGCCUGCCGCAUCGUCUGGUGCGCCGGCUUCAUCUCCCGCUACUUUGCGAGGGCCGGCGUAAAGUUUGACCUGGCCGAGGUCCGCCCCAGCGCCCUCACGAUCGGGGCCGCGGCCGUCGCCAACCAGGCUGCUCGUGCUGUUGUCGGCGGCUCCCCUCUGCCCGGUCUCGCCGCCAAGCAGAUAAUGAUCGAGCUUGUCAAGGUUGCUGGCGUAGCCAUUGUGUUUAUCGCACUGGUGGCAAUCGGCGAGCGGCAGUUUCUGCUGCGAUGCUUCGAGACAGCAAGGGGACGGCGGCAAAAGGCCACCAACAAGUAAAGGGACAGGUUUCAAGAAGCGGAAAGAAAAAAAACAACAUAAAACUUUUGCUUUGCUCAAUCAUGAAGCCCCGAGUCCCAACGUUAGAUGAUUCAAUUCCCAUAUACCCAUAGAGUGAACACACGAGUUAUGCUCAGUCAAACGUUAUCUUCUUGCCCUUCUGGCUCAUGUCGACGUCCUUGAAAAAGGCGCCGUAGGUGUCGUGGCCCUUCCUCUUGACAGUCGUUCCAAACUUGAG